UCCAGCUUACCUUUGGAGUUCAGUGGGGCGGCCAGAUUUAAGUAUGUUGUUUUCCGAAUAUUUGCUGUAAUAUAAAAGUUUCGGCGUUUUUUCGUUUUUUUUUCGGAUUUCGUAUCUUAUUUUCAUAACAAAACAAUGUCAAGCAAUGAAACAACUUUGCACUUCAUAAAAAUAGGGGAAUUCAGUGGAAAGUAUUUGAAGCAAGCUUUUGAAAGUGCCAAAUCGAAGAAGCUCGAUGUGGAACUUGUGUCAGGAAGGAAGCUUUUGGAACAAGGUGUAGAUGAGGACAGAAUAACAUUUGUAACCGAUGAAUUCACUGGAGAUGUUUUUGAGUUGCUGUUGGCGCAUAAAAAAAGGAUUUUCGGGCCUAUGUGUGUGCUGCAGUGUGUGGAAAACGAGAUUCCUCUGCCAAAUCCUAACCAUCCGGUUUACUGUCUUGCUAUGACUGGGGCAAUUGUUUGCUGCACUAAUAUUGAGAAUUCAUUGAGAAAAAGGUUUAAAACGAUCAUCGAGUUCAUGAACGGGGCUUAUGCAAAAGAUUUCACAACUCAGGUGACCCAUUUGGUUGCUGGUGAAGUUGGCAGUGCCAAGUAUGCGAUUGCUGCAAAACAUCAGAAACCUAUUGUGUUACCAUCUUGGAUUAAUGAGGCAUGGAAGAAAGUAGGUAACGACUACCAGGUUGAUGCCACAGAUUCAAAAUUUGUCGAUGAACAUCGUUGUCCAAUUUUAAAAGGAUGUUCAAUUUGUGUCAGCGGAUUAAAUGCAAGGAGAAAAGAGGAAGUGAAAAGGUUAGUCGAGGAACAUGGUGGAAAUUAUUUGGCUGAACUUCGUCAAAGUGAGUCAACACAUUUGCUGAUUGAAAAACCGACAGGUCAGAAGUAUCAGUUUGCAUUACGCUGGAGUGUAUAUUGUAUUCUGCCUGAUUGGUUGCAUGAUUGUAUCAAAACUGGAUAUUGGCUUGAGGAAACGGCAUAUAAGUUGAAGUCAGGUAAAGAUGUAAACAAAGAUGUAAACACCACAAGCAAUGUAGAAGAUGGUUUGACGACUGUUAAUGCCACUGUAAAUAGCACAGUUUCUAAUAGAGAUAUCUCGAGAAAAGCAGAGAUGGCAGCCAGACAAAGCGCUGAGAGCUAUGGAAACAAGGACAUCUUAAACCAAUCACUAACAAGAGUCCGAGCAUCAGGCUUGAAACGUCUAAACAAAUCUAGGCACAAAAGUAAGGAUUCAACAUGUGAUUAUGAUGUGCCAAUUCCUUCUGGGGAGCAGUUUCUGGAUGGUUGCCAACUUUAUCUGACUGGUUUUAAUGAAGCUCAGAUGGAUUACCUGCAGAGAAUCGUGAAUGCUGGUGGGGCAACCAGGUUUAAUCAGAUCAAUCCUAGUGUGACCCAUAUUGUUGUUGGUGAUGAAUCAAUGCAAGAAAUUGAAAAAAUGGUAAACUCUGAGUUCGCACCUCAUGUGGUGAAGGUACAGUGGUUGUUGGAGUCUUGUCGGCAAAUCAAAUGUCUUCCUGAGCAAGAGUAUUAUUGCUUUGAAUUAAAUAACGAGGUUUUUGAAGAAGAUCGAAAAUCAAAUCUAGAGUGUGAUAACAAGAAAUCAAAUGCGCAACAAGAGAUGGAUGACAAUUAUGAUAAUGAAAUUCUAAAACAAUAUUUAAAUGUGAUGCCAGUGGAUGAACAAUCAGUAGACAAAGAACAAGUUGAGGUUGAUGACGGGAUCUUCGAAGGGCUGAAGAUGCGUCUUGAUGGUUUUAAUGAAGAACAGGUAGUUCAACUGCAAGAAGAGAUUGAAGAACAUGGAGGGAAUGUUAUAUUGAGAGACAUGGCAGAUUUUCUAAUUGUGCCUUUGAAUUAUGAAUGUGAAAAAAAGAAAGCUAAGACAGUGGUGACAUAUUGUUGGUUGGAGCGUUGCAUGGAAAGUGGUGAGAUGCUCGAACCAAGCAGUGAGUUUCUCUUCAGCCCGUUUUCUCUGGAUGAUGAUGUGUUGCCCUUGCAAGAUUGUGUGAUCUCUGUCAGUCAGUACGCUGAUGUUAAGAGGGAACACUUGACGCAAUUGAUAGAGAUUUUAGGAGGUCAUUUCCAGGAAUGGUUUUCACGUACAGCCAAGGCAAACCUCCCAGCAAACACUCACCUUAUUCUUGAAGAACCCCUAGGAUUAAAGUAUAAAGCUGCUGUAGAGUGGAGCAUUCCUGCACUAAGCUCAGAGUGGUUGUACCAAUGUGCACGUACAGGGGAAAAGGUCCCCGAAGCACCUUAUCUCCUCGACCCUAAGAAACCUGCUGAGGUGAAACAGGAUCACACAGGGAUAGAAAAGGCUGGUAAAGGACAUGAGGAACAGUCAAAUGAUAUAAAAAGUGCGUUCACCAAGUUUACUGUUCCUGAAAGCAGAGAUGGGGGAAUGGUUAAAAUUCAUCAGGAGACUAUUGACAAGUCAGAAGCACUUUUGUUGAAGCAGAAAGCAAAAGAUAAAGAAGUAACUUCCUCCAGCAAACAACCAAUGUUAUUGAAUGUUCCUGCAUUCUUUGGCAAACCUCAGCGUCCCUCAUUUGACCUCACUGAUGCCCUUGAAUACCUUCAAUCACCCUGUGCGUCCUCUGGUAGCAGCAGCGCCCACAGUCGCUUGAGUCGAGGCAGCAGAAACAGCUUUCUUAUGGAUGAUUACAUACAAGAACAUUUACAAGCAGGCUUGAAGAAUACUGGUAAUCUACUAGAGGCUCGUAAGAUCCAACACAAAGAUACUGUUGAUAAAGAGGGAUCCACUGUUGAUAAAGAAGGAUUCACUGUUGAUAAAGAGGGAUUCACUGUUGAUAAAGAAGGAUUCACUAUUGAUAAAGAGGGAUUUACUGUUGAUAAAGAGAGAUCCACUGUUGAUAAAGAGAGAUCCACUGUUGAUAAAGAGGGAUCCACUUUUGAUAAAGAGAGAUCCACUUUUGAUAAAGAGGGAUCCACUGUUGAUAGAGGGGAAACUAAUGUUGAUAAAAAUGAUCACGAGGAUGGGUCAAACGAAUCUUCAUUUCUUCGUGGUGUUGUGCUGUUCGUCUCCAAGAAAUGCGCAAAGCAGUUCUCUGAUAUAAACGAAAUGGCGACUUCUGCCGACGCGCAAUGUAGGGACAAUAUGGACACGAAUUGUUCGCAUGUGAUUCACGAGGGUCGUCUUACAAAAGAACAGACAAGAAUGAAGUCAAAAGGAGUGCAUAUUGUCUCACCUCACUGGCUUUAUGAUUGCAUUGAACAAAAAUGUCGUCUGGAUGAAAGUUUGUACCCCCCGGGAUAUAAUCCCAAGCUCGCGUUGUCUGUGGUUAAGACCAGAAGAUCGACACGAAGCACUAAGUCUCUUGGGGACGAAACAAUUGCUGUUCUCCCAGAUGUCAAGCCGGAUAAGUUACACGAAGUCUCGACCGAGUCUUUGAGUAAGAACGAGACCCGUGAAGAGUUAAAGGAACUGCCAGAGACAACAUCGGAGAUUCCAAACGAUGAAGACAUGGAUGAUUUCACGAUGGAUGAGUUGGAGGCCAUAGCUGCGAUGAGUCAGAGUUCAGCUCAAAGUGAUUCUUUGAGAAAUAGAGAAGAAAUUAAACGGAUACAAGCGAUCAUGGAGUCGAUGGAAUCGAUGAAAACAACCCGACGCCGCAGUAGCAGAAUUCACCAUUCUGGAAAUUCCAGUCAUUCUCGGAACUCAUCUGAAUCGAAUGAAACGAAGAAUUCUCGGAGACCUUCCUCUCGUCUGCGGUCCUUACGUUCAAGCAAGAAUGAAAGCCAGGAAGAUGAUGAAGACGAUGAUCAGACGAUUGCGGGCGAAAUUACAUACGACGAUCCGAAUAGCAGGCAGGAGAGACAGAAGAUUAUAGCUAAGCUGGAGGACAUUAGUCCAAGCCUUAAUCAAGAGCCCAGCAAUGAAACGUUGAAUCUGUCCACAAAACCAGAUGGUUUUUCCUAUAAUAAACAUCCAAUAAAGAAGGAGUCCCUCUCCCCUAGUUCACCAAUCCAUUCCUCAACCCCAACUACAACUGCCCCACCUAUUGCUUUGCACAUCACGUCAAAAUCGAAUCUUCCUCAACCAAUGAGCUUGCUGGACCCGCAAGAGGAGGUGGUAAAGGUUGAGAGAAAACCUCCACCAAUGUUUACACUUUCAACGAUGUCCCAGCAAGAAAAGGUUGAUUAUGGAGCUCUAAUUGAAGAUCUUGGUGGCGUGGUCUUCGAUACCCAGUUCUUCAAUCCUAAAAGUCGGCACACAAUCGCUGGACAACUAAACAGAAAUGAGAAGUGUUUAUCGUCCAUCGCUGCUGGUAAUUGGUUGUUACGGAAGUCGUACUUAGAGGAAUGUCGUGUCACGGGCCGUUUUAUUGACGAGGAACCUCACGAGUGGGGGGUUGAAAUACCCGGAGAGCCUUUGACAAGUUUAGGCGUUGCUUCUCGUAGAUGGAGGAUAGACCUGAGCAAGAAAUCUGAACGAUAUGGAAAGAAAUUCGGUGCAUUUCAAGACUGGAAAAUACUUCUUUGUGUUGACAAAAAUAAAGCUGGUUCCUUCACGAGAAUGCUAGACGCUGGCGGGGCUAAAGUACUGGGAACUACACCACCGUUUCAGAAUAUUGGCGAAGCCACACAUGCUUUUAUCAGUCCUGGUGCCUCUUUGGUAAAUAACGUGGAUUUUGGGCGUCUUCAGCAAGCUGGUAUUCAAGUUCUCAAGACUGAGUACAUCGUUGAUUAUCUAACUGCCGGAAACAGCUCUCCAGACACAUCGAAAUAUUUGUAUAGAUCUUCGUCAAGCAUGUCUUCUAGGAAACGCAAAGAGCGGGACUCGAGUUUCCCAGAAACUCCUGGGAAAAAGAAACGGGCGAAUUAGAGUAUCUAUUUUUUAUGGAUUGUUUAUUAAAAGGAAUCGAUUUAUAACAAUAAUAGUCAAAACUUCUCAAUCAAAGUUCGCUUUCCUACAGUUUUUGAUAAAGGAAACCCAUUCAAAAAAUUUAACAGCAUUUUUUAAACCGUAUAAAACAA